CGCGUAUACUUCGUAGUGGUGGGGUUUUUAUGCACAACACGCAACGGCUCUUGUCAUUCCCGAACUCAAUUUAAUCCUUCACUGCCGUUAUGAAACAGGAACCAUGAACAAGUUAUGAAAAAGUGGCCGAUUAGGGGACUCGAACUUCCGCGCUAUUCUAGAACGCUAGAGUUGUGUAUAUCCAAUCGAGGGGUUGACAUACCCAGUGGGUAUAUAUAUAACUCUGGGAUAACCCCAUCUAGAGACCUGGAACUACCAGACACCAGUCGUCCUUGAACACUCACCUCUGUUUACAAAGCGCCGCAGUUCACAGAGAUGAUGGAUCUCUUACACCUCCUCCCACUGGAGGUACUACCCAGUCCCACCAGUCUCACGGGGAUUGUCCUCAUCGGCACCACCCUCGUCGUAUCCUCCAUCCUCCUCUCCGCCAUCUACAACCUGUACCUCCACCCCCUCGCCUCCUUCCCGGGCCCCCUCCUCCACCGCGCCUCCUUGUUUCCGUACCUCUACCGCCAAGUAACCGGCAAGCUCCCCUACUCCGUCCUCGACUUCCACGCGCGUUACGGGCCCGUGGUCCGCAUCUCGCCCAACUCCCUCUCCUUCGCCGACCCGCAAGCCUGGAAGGACAUUUACGGCCAUCGCUCCCCGGGACAGGAAGAGUUCGCCAAGCCGAAUCUGUUUUAUCGGACCAAGGGCAUCCCGCCGAGUAUCCUAAGCGAGACGAGAGAGAAUCAUGGCGUGCUGAGAAAGUUGAUGGCGCAUGGGUUCAGUGAGCGCAGCAUGAGGGCGCAGGAGGGGAUUAUCGGGGGGUAUGUGAAUGCUUUGAUUAGCGGGUUGAGGGGCCAUUGUUUUGGCAAGGAGGAGAAGAAGGAUGAUGGAGUGUCGUCGGAAAAGGAAACGGAGCAGAAGAAACAACAACCGGUACCCCUCGACAUGGUCAGCUGGUACAACUGGACCACCUUCGACGUCAUCGGCGACCUGGCCUUUGGCGAGCCAUUUGGAUGUCUGGAGAAGGCCGAGUACGACCCCUGGGUGGACGCGAUCGGAAAGAGCGUGCGGUUCGGCAGCAUCUUGUUGGCCAUCAGGGUUUUGGGCUUGGAGGACGUGGUGCAUCCCAUCAUUGAGAAAUUGAGCAACAAGGCCAGACGGUUCCAUCGGAAAAGGACCAUGGAUAAGCUGCAGAGGAGGGUGAAUCUGACAAAGGAGAGACCGGACUUUUUGGAGGGGUUGUUGCAGAAGAGGGAGGAGUGGGGCAUGGACAUGGAACGACUCGCAGCCAACGCAAGUCUCUUGAUCAUCGCCGGUUCGGAAACAACUGCAACGCUCUUGUCUGGAGCAACAUAUUUGCUGCUUAAGCAUCCCGAGGCAAUGAAGAAGCUGAUUGAGGAAGUUCGCUCGACCUUCAAAUCGGAAGAAGAAAUCACCCUUUCGUCGGUGGGCAGUCUCGAAUACAUGCUGGCUUGCAUAAACGAGGCCAUGCGUCUCUAUCCGCCUGUGCCCAUCGGCAUGCCCCGAGUUGUUCCCAAGGGCGGUGCAAAGGUUGCGGGCACAUUCGUUCCAGAGGGUACCGUUGUUGCUGUAUGGCAAUGGGCCACAAACCACAACGAGCAGCAUUUCCUCGAAGCUUUCGAAUUCCACCCCGAGCGUUGGAUGCAUGAUCCCCGGUUUGCCAACGACAGGCUGGAUGCGGUACAACCCUUUAAUGUUGGACCUAGGAACUGUCUUGGUCGGAACCUCGCAAUCGCGGAGAUGAGGCUCAUCCUUGCCAAAGUCGUUUACAACUUCGACAUGCAGCUCGCAAACCCUGGCAAGGACUGGUUGGAUCAACAGAUCUUUACCUUUUGGGAUAAACCCGCGCUUCCGGUCUGUUUGACUCCGGUGGAGAGGAACGGUGCAUAG